UGCAUUCUCCAGAUCUCUGGGUCCCGAUCUCAGCACCAGCCCAUAGAGCUGCCAUCCUGAUACCUCCAGCGGAAUGGCCCUUUGGGCCAAACCUGUCCCCCUCUCCUUCUGGCUCCUGAAUUUCUGCUUUGUCACCUCGGCAGAACUGUACCGUCUCUCCAAUCUCCAGCUCGUCACCCCACAGGAGGCCCCGGGUCUCCCCAAGCGGCUGAAUAUGCUGAGGGUGAACAACCUGCUGCUCUCAGUCUAUGACAGCGACACUGGCAGGCUAGUUCCUCGCAACGGCUACAUCCAGGAGAGUCAGGACUUUUGGAGAAAGUGCAAUGCUUGGUGCCUGGGCUGGGACCCCUGGGUGGAGAUCACGUACCAGGCCCUGGUACGGGAGGUGAAUGCCAGCGCUCCACAGGCCGAGCCCUACUACAUGCAGAUCUUGAAGAUCUGUGAGGUGGACGAUGCUGCCAGCAACAUCCGAGCUGUCACCAGAUAUGCCCUCAAUGGGGAGGAGGUGCUACGGUACCAAUCAGACCAGAACCGCUGGUUCUCGGUGCACCCGUCGGCCUGGCCCCUGGCAGAGCGCUGGAACCAGGCCAAGGAGACUUUUGCAGAAAUCACCCCUCAGCGAUGCAUGUUCUUCAUUGAGCAGAGUGCACAAUUCAUCACUGGGAAGACAGCCCAGCCCACAGCCCGUGUGGCCCUCAUCCCAGGGACCCAGGCCCUGCCACGCCGCCUCAUCUGCCACGUGACGGGCUUCUACCCUCACCAUAUUGAGGUGACCUGGGAGCGGGGGGGCCAGGUGGCCCAGGGGGAGCAGCUGAGCAGCGGGAUCCGGCCCAAUGCAGACCCCACCUUCCAGACCCAGGUGUCCAUCGAGCUGGGGCAGGAGGGGACCAGCCCCGCAGAGCACGUGUGUGUGGUGAGACACAGCAGCCUGGGGAACACCACCCUGAGAGUGACCUGGGAUUCCCAGCCCCCGGGCCUGGCUGAUGUCCUGGGGAUCGUGGCUGGCUGCAUCCUCACAGCCCUGGCACUCGGGGCCCUGGUGUGGUGCCUGUGGAAGAGGCCAGGGGCCUUGAAGCCACUGUACCGCCCAGCACGGACACAGCCAGGGACCCUCGACUCUGCUCUGGCCACAGCUAAUUCCUCAUCUGCUGGACCUUCUUGAUCAGAGGGCACUGAGUGAUCAGGCACAAAGAUGGCUCUGCAGGUCCACUGCCUUGAGCUGGAGACACAUGGAUCAUCCCUAGCAAAGGGGAGGUGCCGGGGGAUUGUGGAUAAGGCCAACACCCCCGAGGUUACAAAGUGGGAGGUAUCUCUGCUCCACCCCCUUUCUUAGCUUGUUCUGUCCCCAAGUCACCCCAUACACUGUUCCUUGUGUCCUCUCUGCUAACCUCUCCCAGGGCCUGUGUACCCAAGGAAGUUUUUUUGAAAUAACUAACAUUGAUUUAAAAACUCCUGAAAUAACAAAAUCGAAAUAGCCUCUCCCCACUACAGCGGAGGCUCAAAAUGAGUCCAAGGCAGACUCACGACCUCAGACAUGGAGCCCCAGGAAGCCCUGGGGAGUAAAUACUUCAGAUUACUGUGGGGAGUGGUUAUUUCAAAAGAGCAUCAC